UCUGCGCUGUGGGAGCCGCCAGGCGCUGCUCCCGUCACGGUCAUCUUCUCUCCGUUCAACCCUUCAAACAAUGUUAUCUAUAUCCUGCACGGCUCCACACCAUUCAUCCGCCGCUAAAUUUAAGACUUUGGAUUGAUUCGACUGUCUACAAGUUUGCCAUGGCGACGGUGGUGAUGGAGCAGAUCGGUCGCCUAUUUAUCAACGCGCAGCAGCUGCGUCAGAUCCCUCAGCUUCUGGAGUCUGCCUUCCCCACGCUGCCUUGCACCGUGAAGGUGUCUGAUGUUCCCUGGGUGUUCCGCGAGCGUCACAUCCUCACCGGCUACAGACAGCCGGACCAAAGCUGGCGCUACUACUUUCUCACCCUCUUCCAAAGGCACAAUGAGACUCUCAAUGUGUGGACCCACCUGCUGGCUGCAUUUAUCAUCUUGGUGAAGUGGCAGGAAAUCUCAGAGACGGUCGAUUUUUUGCGAGACCCUCAUGCUCAGCCCCUUUUCAUUGUCCUCCUGGCAGCCUUCACCUACCUCUCCUUCAGCGCUCUCGCUCAUCUCCUCUCUGCCAAGUCCGAGCUCUCCUACUACACCUUCUACUUCCUCGACUAUGUGGGGGUUGCUGUCUACCAGUACGGCAGUGCCCUGGCGCACUACUACUACGCCAUAGAGAAAGAGUGGCACACUAGAGUGCAAGGUCUCUUUUUACCCGCUGCAGCAUUCUUGGCCUGGCUCACUUGCUUUGGCUGCUGCUAUGGCAAAUAUGCAAGUCCUGAGCUGCCCAAGGUUGCCAACAAGCUCUUCCAAGUGGUGCCCUCAGCCUUGGCUUACUGUUUAGACAUAAGCCCUGUGGUUCACCGCAUCUACAGCUGCUACCAGGAGGGCUGCUCCGACCCAGUCGUGGCGUACCAUUUCUACCAUGUGCUCUUUUUCUUAAUCGGCGCCUAUUUCUUCUGCUGCCCUCACCCAGAGAGUUUGUUCCCUGGGAAGUGUGACUUCAUCGGGCAGGGCCACCAGCUCUUUCACGUGUUCGUGGUGGUGUGCACCUUGACGCAGGUGGAAGCGCUGCGAACAGACUUCACGGAGCGUCGUCCCUUCUACGAGCGUCUUCACGGCGAUCUUGCACACGAUGCCGUUGCACUCUUCAUCUUCACUGCCUGCUGCAGCGCUCUCACCGCUUUUUGUGUGCGCCAGCGUGUACGUGCCUCUCUACACGAGAAGGGGGAGUAAGAUUUGAAAAGAGUUUAAAAAAAAAAGAAAAAGAAAAGUUGAGUCUAAUUUAUUUUACUCUGUAGUGACCAUUAAUUAAAAAAUGUUUUUUUUUUUGUGACAGUGACUUAUUUCUUUUCUAUGUGAUCUGCCAAACUACAGUGGGCUAAAACAAAGGAUUUUUGUGACUAUGAGGAGGGAGUCUUAUAACAGGUCUGUAGCAGUAUAGGUAGUAUUAAACACUGAAAUGAGUCCUUGUAUCUCUGCUCUGCUCUUUUAAUUAGUCGGUUGUUUUUAGUCAUAGUCUAAAGAAUUGCGUUUUACUUCACGUACAAAAAUACAACACUUUAUGUCGAGGUGUGCAGCAAAAUGAAGAGACAGGUUUCGUAAGAUGCCUUUUACCCCAUUUUAUUCAGAAUAAUUUGACUGUCUUAAUCAAAUUGUAGCUUUUCAAAGCACCCAAGUAUUUUAAUUUUACAAUUUACAACUCUAUAAUAAUUUGUGUAUUGCAGUCAGAUACCAAUUCCAAUCCAAUUUAAAUUGGUGGUCUUGACAUACCUUUCUGGCACUUACUGUAAUAUGUUUUUCCUUUUGAUUCUGCCCCUAUCUUUAGGGAUCAAAGCAGGGAUUUCUUUUCUUUCUUUUUAUUUUAUUUAUUAAGGCGCUAACAGUGUGCCACAAAAAUGUUUGAACUCAUUCUGCAAAAGUUGAGAAUCCAAAUUGAAAACCAAAUAAUGUACCUCCUUUUUUUUUAUUAUUUAAAAAAAAUGAGGCUGGCACUCAGUAUUGGUUAAGAGAUGGCUAGAAGAUUACUGAUGUCUCUGUUGUCGUGACAAUGUUAAUCUAUUUUUAUUCAAAGGGCUGGAACUUCAGCUUUUGCCUUUUUCACAUCACAUGAUGUCAGUGCUUUGCGCGCAUUGUUUUCAUUGUCGCUUGAUCAGAUUUGAUUUUGACACAAAAACUGUGUCUGACUGGUCUUCUGCUUUUUUUUCCUUUUUUUUUGUAUGAUGAAUAUGUAUGUGCCUCUACGCAUGUCUUUUUGGUAUAUACUGUGAUAUUAAGUGUGUGAAUGUCUAUGAAAGCUUAGCCUUGCACUCCUUUCUUACCCUGUAAAUAAGCUGUGUUUCUCUAGAAAGUCAUUUGCAUCCCAUUUUCUCUCCACCUCAUAACACUCAGAACUGAAUGCAUCUUUUUUUUUUCUGGUGGAAUACAGCACAUUCCUAUUUUGCUGCAUCCUUUCAGAGUGUGUAUUGUGUUCAGUGUCCGCCUGCCUAUCAGUCUUUAAUGGCCAUGAAUACAUCAUUUCACACUGUUGCACUGUUAGACUGAAGAGCCCCUUUGUUUUGUUGUUCUCUCUCUUUUGUCUGAUGACUUCUGUUAUAUAUAUGUAUAAAAAAAAUCACACAGAUAUGACUCACUGAUAAUGUUGCAUAGAUUUUUAUCUCACAAAAUCUUAAAUAUCAGAAAUGAUCUAUAUUCAUUCUAGCACUCUCUGUUCAUGAUGGUGUUUAAUGUGCCAAUGAAUCUGUUACUGCUUCAGUGAUGGUACUCCUGAAAGAUGAAUUCAGAGACAGAAUGCCAGAAGUGAUAAGUUGAUUUUUAAAUGAUGUCUUGACCUGACUGCAAAUAUGUUGUUGGUGAGUUUUAACCCCUAACAUAUGAACCUUCUAACUGUUGACUUUGGCAUUACCGACCUGGUCUCAUUGUGCACUGCCUGAAUCAACACUGUAUAUACUGCUGACAACACUGGCUAUGUUUACAUGCAUGGAGGUAUCUGCUGUUAAUGUAGUUAUUCUGUUUGUUUGUUUUUUUUAGCUAUUGGAAAUGUCACAAUUCAGAAUAACCUGGGUAAACUUGGGCUCCAUUUUGGAGAAACCUGUGCAAGACCCCCCUCCCUUGUUGUGCAUGGUUAUCAAUUGGUUGGCAACAAGAUUUUGAGGCUCCUCUGCACAAGACUAAUUUUGUACAUGUAGUCUAAAAACUUUUUUUAUAGGCUAAUGAUAUCCAUUUGGCAAAUGAAGCCUAUAAGUCUCUCACCAGCCCUGCCUAUGACAUGACUUUAUUGUCCUGACCAUCAAAAGGACCAAAACUAUUACUACUGGGAUUAUAAUUUCUUUCCCAUGUGAUAGAAGCAACCUAGCUUUGUUCAAACAGGGAGGGAGGUGCUGGAAAGCGACCAGUAUUUUUUGCUUAAUAGAUUGUUGCAACAUGGAUACCCUGUCACAGACUAUCUAAAGAUGUUAACUGGAAUAUGACCAGCAGUCCGUACUGUAUAGGUGAAUUUGUGUGUAAACAUAGCCUCUGAUGCCACCCAAGGUUUCCCUUUAUCCCGAUAUGAAAGCAGGGUGAGAGGGACCAGAAUGUCUUCUGCCUCUAAAAGAUAUGUGUGACUGACUGUACUAAUAUUCUGUGGUAUUUAAGAAAAUAAAGUGUUAUAGUAACUUCAA